AAAUUAUAAACCUACGUGGUGCUAUCUUGAAUGUCUGUAGAAAUUUAACACUCAGAAUCAAAACAAAUUUAGAGGAUAAAGAAAAUAACUUAAAACAGCACUUUAGACCAAACCGAUUCUAAUUUGUUCUGCUGCCCUGCCAUUGUCUGCCAUCUUCCGAACCGAGCGAUUUUCUCUAAAAUAAUAAUAAUAUGAUACAGAAGAGAAACAAGUUUGAAGAAACAGCAAAGAAAGGAAGGUGGGGUGAUAUUGUUCUUGAUUUGAUGCCUCUCUCUGAAAGUGUAAUGUAAGAAGCAAGGCAAAGGCAUACCCAUUUCCCUCUCUCCUCCUCCUUCCUCAUUACCUACUACUGAAAACUCCAUCCCAUCCCACCACCAUUCAUUUCUUCUUCUCCCUUUCUCCUAACCCGUUCAACUGCAUUUCUCCACGGAACUAGAAGCUAAGUUUGAGCUUACUCAAUUUUUACAACUUAGCACGGAAUUCCCAUUCCCGACGACAUUUCUCUGCCAUCUACAUGCGGAGUUUUUGGUUUGGCUACAGUACAUGUUGGUUAAUCUGAGGAGAGGACCUCUGCAUACACUAAAUACCAAUUUAUCGACCCAUCUGGGAACUGAAUCUGCUGCAUUGACCAGAAGCGAAUUCUACUGCUUAUUCAGAAACGCUUCUUUGUAUACUAGAGAAAAAGAAAUGGCGCCUGAUCUAAACACAACGCUUUCCAGGAGGACGUUUGUUUUUGGUAUGAAGGUAUGGGUAUUUACUGGAAUCCUGGUGGGGGUGUUUAUUGUAAUAGUCCUUGUGUUGCUAUCAAUAUGUGUUACUUCACGAAGGAAGUCCAGAAGGGUUAGUGGCAUGCUUCCUCUCAGCCGUAUUCCCACUGCAUCAAAGGAAAUUAAGGAGAUUGGAGUGGAUCAUGUUUCAGCGAUCAAACAUGAUGGGUUCGACAAAUUUGGCGACACAGAGUCGGAAAAGGUUCUUCUGUAUUCAAACAAGGCGUAUAACUGCAGCAUAUCAGGCUCAGUUGAUCACACAGAGGUAGAUGCAAGCAAGGAAGCAAGUGGCCUGCAUAGACCUUCGGAUCCAUUAUCACCGGACCCUGCGCCACUGUCUGGUCUGCCGGAAUUCUCUCAACUAGGAUGGGGUCACUGGUUCACCUUAAGAGACCUGGAAGUUGCAACUAUGCAUUUUGCAAACGACAAUAUAAUUGGGGAGGGAGGAUAUGGGGUUGUUUAUCGAGGACUUAUCAAUGGGACACCUGUGGCUGUCAAAAAGCUCUUAAGUCUAGGACAAGCGGAAAGGGAAUUCAGAGUGGAAGUGGAAGCAUUUGGGCAUGUGCGGCAUAAGAACUUAGUUCGCCUGCUGGGUUACUGCAUUGAAGGAACUCACAGGAUACUAGUAUAUGAGUAUGUGGACAAUGGGAAUCUAGAGCAGUGGCUUCAUGGAGCUCUACGUCAGCAUGGAUAUCUCACUUGGGAGGCACGAAUCAAAAUUCUCCUUGGAACAGCUAAGGCGCUGGCGUAUUUGCACGAGGCAAUUGAACCAAAAAUUGUGCAUCGAGAUAUCAAGGCAAGCAACAUAUUGAUUGAUGAUGAGUUUAAUGCAAAGCUAUCAGACUUUGGGCUAGCCAAAUUACUUGGUGCUGGGAAAAGUCAUAUUACCACCAGGGUAAUGGGUACGUUUGGAUAUGUGGCGCCAGAAUAUGCCAAAUCUGGGCUUCUAAAUGAGAAGAGCGACGUUUAUAGCUUUGGAGUGGUCCUUUUGGAAGCAAUUACUGGGAGAGAACCUGUUGAUUAUGGCCGCCCGACACAUGAGGUAAAUUUGGUGGAUUGGCUAAAGCUGAUGGUAGGAAGCAAGCAGUCAGAAGAGGUGGUUGACCCAAAUAUAGAGAGAAGGCCAUCAGUUAGUGAACUGAAGCGAGUUCUUUUGACUGCUUUGAGGUGUGUGGAUCCAGAUGCUGAUAAGAGGCCUAAGAUGAGCCAAGUUGCUCGCAUGCUCGAGUCCGAGGAAUAUCCAAUUCCUCGACAGGAUAGGAAACCCAGAAAGGAUCAUGCUAUUGCAACUAAAAAGGAGGCUGAGAAACAGGAGAGAGGACCCAGACGGCACAGAUAAGAUAGAGAGCAUGAGGCGUUUUCAAGUGUGGAAAUAAUGAAUAGAUGCAUAAAAUAGAAGCUUGCUAUGCUAGUUUAAGCUUCCAAAUUCUCUGUUGGGGUUGGCCCCUCCAGUAGAGCUAGCAGGGAAGAGAGAAGACUCGGUGGUGUUCUCAAUCAUUGUCUAAUGUACAGUGCCAUACUUGCAUUGUUGGCUAUGGAAACAGGUCCAAAGUUUUUGUAAUUUUUUUCUGUUGAGGUGACAUUAUCUUCACUUUACCAUUUGGGUACUGAAUGAUUGAUGUUCAUAAGGAUCAAUACUUGAAGAUUAUUCAAAAGUAGUACAUUCUUAGUUAAAUCACAUUUCUAGUUUUUACUUGA